AUGUUCGUCCUGCGCAAUGUCGGCAAGCUGAUCUUCGGUUCAAGCAUUCAGGAGUCCCUCGUCGACCUUCCCCAGGGCCAGCUGUAUCUCGUCCGCCCGCUCUCCCCCAAGGGCUACUCGGAGCUCAUCUUCCGAGAUUCCGCCAUCCGCAUCCGCCGCACGAACCAAGAUUUUCACUACCAGCUCGUCGUCCAGCGUGUCUUUGAGGAGGGCGAGGCCGAGCUUCUCACCGAGGAAGAAGGCGACGACGCCGAGAUCGAUGCCCUCGCUGCCGAGCGUGACGAAAAGACCUUUCUCCUCGACGAGGCCCUGCACUUCCGCGUCGAGAUUCGGCAGGGCGGCGACAAGGUCCUGGCUUGGACCGACUUGAGCGGCGAUACCGGCGACGUCUAUGAGUUUGUGUGCGACCAGAAAGUCACCGAGGCCCAGGUCCAGCAGUUUGUCCGCGUCUCCCGAGAGUGCCAGUACGAGCGCAAGUACCGCAAGCCGCAUACCACCGCUUCCGACGAGGACCUCGAGCAGUUCGAGUUCCGCGAGGAGGAUCCCAUCCCGCCCGCCAGCCCUCUUCACAGUCCGACUCUCACCCGCUCCAUCAAUUCCGUCGACGAAAUGGCCGAGCAUAGGGCUGGUGUGAGCACGUCCGCCCAGCGGUCCGACACGGCUCUCUUGUCCGUCCCGAAGCCAGCGAAGCCAGCCGUGGAAUCGCAAUCACAACGCCCGGUACGAGACACUCCUCCGAAGCCCAUCGAGAUUUACGCCGCCGUCACCGCCGAGCUGCAUCUCUUUGACCCCCAGCCCGGUCAUUUUGCCUUGGUCGACGACUCCGUCAUUGCCACCGUGUCCGAGGUCGGCAAGUGGGAAUACUGGCUGCAGAUCGAUGGCAAGGAGAAGUCUUGGCUAGGUACCCCAGUCGUCGCCGAGUUCAAUCCCGUCUUCGACUUUGAGUAUCUCUCGUUCGUCUUCAACCACUUCAGCGACGACGGCACCGCCCGAUCAUGGCUCCUGCGCUUCAAGGACCAGCCAACGCUGGAGAAUUUCCAAGGCGCGGUCAUGCAAGCCAUCUGGGAGAGGCUCAACGAGACCAAGUGGGCCAAGAUUCAAGAAAAGGAGCGCGAGUAUGUUCUCGACUCCUUCGGAGACUUGAACAUGGAGGAUGCCCCGCCCGAGGAGGAGCAGGAGGAAGACGAGGAGGAGGUGGAGAGUGAUGAGGAAGUGGAGGAGGGCAUCCGUAGUGAGGAGUACGAUUCGGACGACGACGAAGCGGCCGAGGACAAGAAGGAGGGCGAGGUCAACUCGCAGCUUGCUGUCGGCUACAAGCACGACCGCUCCUUCGUCGUUCGCGGAUCCAAGAUUGGCGUCUUUUCCCACACCUCCGACAACCGCCUCAAGUUCUCGACCAACAUCUCCAAGGUCAUGACGCCAAACGGCAAGCUCAUGAGCCCCAAGAAGGUCAUGCUCCACAGCGAGGACCGAGACCUCAUCAUCCAGAACAACAUCGAUCCGAACAAGCUAUACCGGAUGGAUCUGGAGUACGGCAAGGUGGUGGAUGAGUGGAACGUGCACGACGACAUCCCCGUCGUCAACUUUGCGCCAGAAAACAAAUUUGCCCAGAUGACGUCAGAGCAGACCUUCCUGGGCGUUUCCCAUAACGCUCUGUACCGCAUCGACCCUCGUCUGUCGGGCAACAAGCUCGUCGAUACCGACAUGAAGCAGUACGCGUCCAAGAACGACUUCUCCGCCCUCGCGACGACGGAAAAGGGCUACAUCGCCGUGGCGAGCAACAAGGGUGACAUCCGUCUCUUCGAUCGUCUCGGCAUCCGAGCCAAGACCCAGCUGCCUGCACUGGGCGACCCGAUCACGGGAAUGGACGUUUCGGCCGACGGCCGGUGGAUUCUCGGAACGACGAAGAACUACCUCUUGCUCGUCGACGCUCAGCAGCAGGGCGGCAAGAACGAUGGCAAGCUCGGCUUCGAAAAGCCGUUUGCUGCCGACUCCAAACCUCACCCCCGCCGUCUCGCGCUCACGCCCGAGCAUGUCGCGCAGUUCUACCACGAGAUGGGCAAGCCCAUCUCCUUCACGCCCGCCAAGUUCAAUACCGGCGAGGGCACCGAGGAGACGAGCAUCAUCACCGCCACCGGGCCUUACAUCAUCGAGUGGAAUCUGAAACGGAUCCUGCGCGGCGUCAAGGGCGCCUACAAGAUCAAGCGCUACGAGGAGGAGGUCAAGGCCGAUGACUUCAAGUUUGGAUCCGACAAGAACGUCAUCGUCGCGCUUCCGAACGAGGUGAACAUGGUGGCGAAGCAGAGCUUCCGGAAGCCGACGCGGGAGAGCAUCAUUGGAGACAUCCGGCUCAGCGGUGGACGGAGAAGCUCGGCGAGGAUUGGAAAUCUGGACAGUGGACGGUACAAGCUCGGCAGAGAUGAUAUUGUCAACUCGCCGUACUAG